UGAUUUAUGAAUGGACUAGGUUGUCAUUUUCUGAUGAUUCUCUCUUGUGUUCUACCAAACCGAUACCAAGAAACAGAAACCGAAACAAGCACCAGCAACAACAAACACAUAGCAAAAAAACACAGAAAACAGACAGAGAAAAACAUGAUGCGUUUGAGUUGGAGUUGUUUAUCACUUUCGAACCAACAACAACAAUUCAGAAGAUUCAAGAUAACAACUCAUCGUCUUUUUGCUGUUACAUUUCUCUUCUCCAUCUCCUUCUUUCUUUUCUCUCCCCAAAUUCCACGCUCUCUCAAGUACCACCAAUUUGCUGACUUGCGCAAUUUUAUCGGAGUCCCCAAUACGGUGAAUGUGAUCACAAAUUUCCCAUUUUUAGUUGUGGGUGUUCUUGGCUUAGUUCUCACUCUUGAAGGAGGUUUUUUUACCAUAAGUUCUCAAGCAGAGACAUGGGCUUGGAUACUAUUCUAUGUUGGAAUUACAGGGGUGGCUUUUGGUUCUGUUUAUUACCAUUUGAAGCCUGAUAACAAUAGGGUCUUGUGGGACACUUUGCCGAUGAUGGUGGCAUAUUCCUCACUUUUCUCUAGUUUGGUAGUCGAGAGAAUUGGUCAGCGGAUUGGGUUUUGUUGUAUGUGUACCCUCCUUGUUGCAGCCUUUACCAGCGUAGUUUAUGAACGUUGGUUGCAGAGUUUACGGGGAUAUUCGGCUCUGCUUGAUGUUCCAGUUAGUUCUUCCUUUAGCUAUUGCAGCAGUAGCAUUUUUGUAUCCCUCCAACUAUACUCACUCAAGAUAUUGGUUUUCAUCAAUAGCGCAGGAAUUUAUCUGCUAGCAAAAUUUGAAGCUGUUUCGGACAGGAAACUCUAUCGCGCAAAUAACUACGUUAUCAGCGGGCACUCUUUGGAACACUUGUGCUUAGCGCUUAUCCCGUUUCUACUUAGUGUGAUGCUCGUCUAUAGGGAACGCAAGUUCAAAAGAUUAGGAGAUGUUAAAGAUCAGCUUUGAAGAGUUGGAGAAAAGAGUUUAAAUUUCCAAAGGUGAUGAAAUUAUGUAACAUAACUUCUUGAGCUGACAAAUUUAGCUGUAUAUUAAACUCAAAGAUCAUUUCUGUAUAUUAGACUCAAAAAACAUGUUGAAGAUAUAUUAUGUAACAGAUUAGAAUUCUUAAUUGAGUUGUUUUCAUAGGUCAAUGAAAUGAGAGAGACAAAUAAAAUGGAAUUCACAAGUUCAUGUCAAAUUUCAAA